UGAAAAAAGUUGAGAUUUCAGACAAUUAACAUCACUAGGAGAGAAAUCAAGAAACAAGCUAGCCAGCAAUGGUGUCUCUCCGCGCGGCCAUCGUCCUCGUCGUCGCCGCCUCGUCGGUCGCCGUCGCCUUCUCUCAUGCGGAAGGGAACGAGGGGCCGGACUUCACCUACAUCGAAGGCGCCAUGGACGGGCCGUCGAACUGGGGGAAGCUGAGCCCGGAGUACAGGAUGUGCGGCGAGGGGAGGUCGCAGUCGCCGAUCGACAUCAACACCAAGACCGUCGUCCCGCGCUCGGACCUCGACACGCUGGACCGCAACUACAACGCCGUGAACGCCACCAUCGUCAACAACGGCAAGGACAUCACCAUGAAGUUCCACGGCGAGGUCGGCCAGGUGAUCAUCGCCGGGAAGCCGUACAGGUUCCAGGCGAUCCACUGGCACGCGCCGUCGGAGCACACCAUCAACGGCAGGCGCUUCCCGCUCGAGCUCCACCUCGUCCACAAGUCCGACGCCGACGGCGGCCUCGCCGUCAUCUCCGUCCUCUACAAGCUCGGCGCCCCGGACUCCUUCUACCUCCAGUUCAAGGACCACCUCGCCGAGCUCGGCGCCGACGAGUGCGACUUCAGCAAGGAGGAGGCCCACGUCGCCGCCGGGCUGGUGCAGAUGAGGUCGCUGCAGAAGCGCACGGGGAGCUACUUCCGGUACGGCGGCUCGCUGACGACGCCGCCGUGCGGCGAGAACGUGGUGUGGAGCGUGCUCGGGAAGGUGAGGGAGAUCAGCCAGGAGCAGCUGCACCUGCUCAUGUCGCCAUUGCCGACCAAGGACGCCAGGCCGGCGCAGCCGCUCAAUGGCAGGGCCGUCUUCUACUACAACCCGCCGGGCAGCGCCGUCUCCUUCCAGGAAUUCGCCAAGUGAUUCUUUCUUUUUUUUUUCUUUCUUUUUUUUUUGGUUUUUUGUAUUUGAUGUUGAGUUGAUUUGAUUAACAUUUCGACGUAUGAUAUGCACUAUAUAUAAUUAAUUAACAUCGCAAAAUACUUUUUUUUUCGAGAAUACAUAAAGGGCUCGCGUAUCUUUGUAUUAACUAGUGGGGGUGGGGAUUAAUUACUAUAUGCUUGGACAUUUUUCCGUUCUUCAAGAUUGACGCAUCGAUCGAUAAAUGUAUAUAUUUGUAGCUAAGAAGGGGUAAAUAUACUAGGAGAGAAUACACUCUAUUGUCA